AUUCUCGAAAUCACACCAGAGGAAAUGAGGCAUGCCAUGAACGUCAAUUGUGAAUCUCCCUUCUUUUUGACCACUGCGCUCUACCCUUUUAUGACACCUGUCGAUGAAUCGGGUGUGUCGGGUCGAGUGCUACAUGUUUCCAGCGGUGCUGCCCAUGGCGCGCCUCCAUCUGGUUGGACCUGCUAUGGGCUCACAAAGGCUGCAUUCUUUGCCAGCUAUAAGAUCUUGGAAAGAGAGUUUCGGGAAUCCUUGGGAGGAAAGGUGGUGAUUGGAACCUUCAAACCAGGUGUCGUAGACACUUCGAUGCAAGGAACGAUUCGAGAAGCACCCACAAACUCGAUGCCCGUCGUGGGCAACUUUCAAAAAAUGAAGGAGAAAGCUGCAAAUCACGCAAUGGCCAACAAAGCUCGCCCCCCACCACCAGGUGCCCUGGACAGCCCAGACAAUGUAGCAUUCUUUGUGGAGUAUCUGCUGUUGGGUACAACGGAUGAGGAGUUUGCCAACAAAGAUGAUAGCAAUGAAUACGACAUUCGGAACGAGGAUUUGUAUCCUCAUUGGAUUGAAGAGGAAGAUCUCAAAUAA